AUGGCGUCUGGAUCUUCUCUCAUGAAGAGAGCUCUCGUCUGGAGAGAAGUCAGAGAGCUAAGCAGAUCUGAAGUGCUCUGCAGUCUGCACAGUGAGAAACUCGAACUCUUCUGUUUGGAUGAUCAAAUACCCGUCUGCCUUGUCUGCCAAGCUUCAAUAAACCAUGAAAACCACAAAAUGCGACCAGUUCAGGAGGCUGCGAAAGAGUAUAAGAAGAAACUCAGGACUGCACUGGCUCCACUGCAGCAGAAGCUAAAAGCCUUUAAUGCAGUGAAACGAGUCUGUAAUAAAACAGCAGAGCACAUCAAGUUAUUCCAGAGCCAGGCCCAGCACACAGAGAGACAGAUAAAGAUGGAGUUUGAGAAACUUCAGCAGUUCCUGAAAGAUGAAAAGGCAGCCAGGAUUGCUGCACUGAGGGAGGAAGAAGAGCAGAAGAGUCAGAUGAUGAAGGAGAAGAUUAAAGAGAUGACAGAAGAGAGAUCAUCCCUUUUAGAACAAAUCAGAGCCAUAGAACAGGAGCUGGGAGCUGAAGACGUCUCAUUCCUGCAGAGCUACAUAGACGUGGAGAAACGAGCCCAGUGCACACUGGCGGAUCCAGAGAACGUCUCAGGAGCGCUGAUUGAUGUGGCCAAGCACCUGGGCAAUCUGAAGUACAGAGUGUGGGAGAAGAUGCUGGGGACUGUUCAAUACACUCCUGUGACUCUGGACCCAAACACAGCACAUCCUGAGCUCUUACUCUCUGAGGAUCUGACCAGUGUGAGACGCAGUGAUGAGAUUCAGCAGGUUCCUGAUAAUCCAGAGAGAUUUAAUGAGUGGCCGUGGUGUGUGCUGGGCUCUGAGGGAUUCAGCUCAGGGAGACACUGCUGGGAUGUAGAGGUGUGGGGUGAGGGCUGGGCGGUGGGUGUGGCUAAAGAGUCCGUCAGCAGGGAUAGCGCUUUGCAUCUGUGCCCAGGUGAAGGAGUGUGGGGUAUAGUGCAGCAGAGUGGGAUAUACGCAGCCUGGACCUCCCCAUAUACAACCUUCACUGUGCAGAGGAGACUCCAGAGGGUCAGAGUGCAGCUGGACUGCGACAGGGGGGAGGUGUCAUUCUCUGACCCCAGUGACAACACUCCUCUCUACACUUGUAAACACUCCUUCACUGAGAGAGUGUUUCCAUUCUUCAAUCCUGAUUCUCUGCAGAUCUGUCCACUGAAGGUGUCUGUAAGAGUGGAAUAGUGCUGUGGUUUGUGGGCAAGGAUCAGGUGAACAGACUGCUUCUUUCACUUUGACAAGAUUAAUGAAUAUAUUUGCAGAUUAAAAUGUAUUUUGCAAUAUUUCAUUUAAUCAUUUAAACAAUAAAGAUCCAUGUCUGCAGCAGUACAUGAUAAAUGUAUCUUUGUAACCGCAUGAUAUCAAUGUUGCAGUUAUGCAUUGGCUUGUGUGCAAUCAGUUGAAGUGAAAUAAAUGCACCAGUAGAAUCA